AUGGGUAUAGAGAACGAUCUGACCGUCGAGGAGUCGACUGAACCUCCUAUAUGUGACUUAACCAAUGCCACAUCACCUCCUACUGGCUACGGAAACCACCGGCUGACUCCGCACGAGCCCGUCGCCGCCCCCACGCUUGACUGUAGCGACGAGGAGAGCAUCCAUCCCCAUACCGUCCCGCUCCAACAACUAGAGCACGUGUUCAAGACAGACUUCAACCAUGGCCUCACCAGUGCCGAAGCUGCGCAUCGCCUUGAGCAGGAUGGGCUCAACAAGGUUGAGGGAGCUAAAGGGUUAUCCGUAUGGCAGAUUCUCUUGAGGCAGGUGUCCAACAGCUUGACGGUGGUCCUCUUCAUGGUCAUGGCGCUGUCGUUCGCCAUUAAUGAUUUCAUUGAAGGCGGUGUCAUUGCGGCUGUCAUUUUGCUCAAUAUCGUCGUCGGACUGGUACAAGAUUAUCGUGCAGAGGCGACCAUACAGUCUCUCUAUGCGCUUUCAGCACCUACUUGCAAAGUCACCCGUCACAAGAAAAUCGAGACAAUCAAAGCCGAGGCUCUUGUCAAAGGCGACAUUGUUUCGCUCAAUGUGGGCGACAUUGUUCCAGCCGACCUUCGCCUCAUCGACGGGCUGAACCUGUCAUCGGACGAGGCACUUCUGACUGGAGAAUCGCUCCCUACCAGCAAACACCCGGAAGCCACUCUGGGUGAGCCAGACGUUCCACUCGGGGAUCGAGUCAACAUGUUGUAUUCUGCUAGCACGAUUACCCGCGGCCGCGGAACCGGAGUCGUCGUGGCCACGGGUAUGAGAACAGAAGUUGGCAAAAUCGCCGAUAUGCUCAGAGCCAAUCCAAUUGCGGGCGAGAACGUGACUCGGAUGACCCUGUACUGGAUAGGGUUCAAAAGGAGUGUUCGCAGCAUUCUUGGCCUCGACGGUACACCACUCCAGGUGAAGCUUAGCAAGUUCGCCUUGUUUCUCUUUGCGCUCGCUAUCCUCUUGGCCAUCAUCGUUUUCUCGACCGCCAAAUGGCAGAUAGGUGAUGAGGUCCUCAUCUACGGCAUCUGCGUUGGUGUCGCGGUUAUUCCCGAGUCACUCAUUGCCGUCCUCACUAUCACUAUGGCUGUUGGUACGAAGGCGAUGGCCAAAGGCAACGUUGUUGUGCGAAAGCUCUCGGCAUUAGAGGCCGUCGGUGGCGUGACCAACAUCUGCUCCGACAAGACGGGAACUUUGACCCAAGGCAAGAUGAUUACCAGGAAAGUCUGGCUUCGCGACGGUUCAAUGGCAACAGUCCAAGGUUGCACCCAUCCCUUUGAUCCAUCGAGCGGUAAGGUCACUUGGGGGUCCCAUAAGGACGAGUUGCCUGGUGAUCUUAAGUUGAUCUCUCAGUUGCCGGAAAAUGCCAAGUCAUUCGUGGAAUGCGUCUCUCUUUGUAACAAUUCCACUGUUACGGAUGGUAAGCCUCCAGUCGCAGAUGCGGAAACUGGAACCAUUUCGACUUCAACGACUUCAUCCAAUGACUGGUCCGCCGUCGGAGAGCCGACGGAAAUCGCUCUUCAUGUCUUCGCAAUGCGUUUCGGACUGAACAAGGCCACAAUCACACAUUCCAAGGGCAGCCGCAUGCUCGCGGAGUUCCCUUUCGACUCUUCUUGCAAACGCAUGACUGUCGUCUACGGACAACGGUUUGCCACAACUUGUGAUGUUUACACCAAGGGCGCUUUGGAGUCUACACUUCCUCUACUGAACGCCUCUGAUGAGCUCAAGUGUGAAAUGACUGCCAAAGCAGAAUCCUUAGCUGCGGAAGGCCUCCGAGUUUUGUGCAUCGCCCAUAAGGUGGUUGAUUUCAGUGACGGCAUCAUCAAUACUCGCGAGGUUGCUGAAAGCAAUUUAAAUCCCCUUGGUCUGGCCGGGCUAUACGAUCCUCCCCGGUCUGAAACUGCCGACGCUGUCAAAAGAUGCAGGAAGGCCGGCAUCUCAGUCCACAUGCUCACUGGAGACCAUAUCAAAACAGCGACGGCGAUUGCUCAUGAAGUUGGCAUCCUGAGUAACGACCUUGCGGUUGCCCAAGCUACUAAUGCUACCAUGCCAGCCGCCGCGUUCGAUGCCCUCAGCGACGAGCAGAUUGAUCAACUAGACCAGCUACCACUUGUCAUCGCCCGCUGCAGCCCCGCAACCAAGGUUCGCAUGGUCGAGGCCAUGCAUCGUCGUGGUGCUUUCUGCGUCAUGACUGGUGAUGGAGUGAAUGAUUCCCCGGCCUUAAAAAAGUCCGACGUUGGCAUUGCCAUGGGUCUGAAUGGCAGUGAUGUAGCCAAGGAAGCUGCAGACAUGGUGCUCACAGACGACAACUUCGCUUCCAUUGUAACCGCUGUGAAAGAAGGCCGGAGGCUUUUUGACAACAUUCAGAAGUUCUUACUUCACCUGUUGGUGAGCAAUAUCGCCCAAGUAAUUCUGCUUCUCGUUGGUCUUGCGUUCAAGGACAUCCACGGCGAUUCUAUAUUCCCCCUGUCUCCGUUGGAGAUCCUCUGGGUCAAUCUCAUUACCUCUUCGUUCCUGGCUCUUGGCCUUGGUCUUGAGGAGGCGCAGCCCGACAUAAUGGUUCGCCCACCUCACAGUCUUCGCGUGGGUGUUUUCACUUGGGAAAUCAUCAUCGACAAGUUUGCGUAUGGUUUCUUCAUGGGUUCCCUGUGCCUCGCCUCCUUCGCCAGUGUUGCCUAUCGUUACUCGAGAGACCCUUCUAUCUUAGGUGGCGAAGACGACAACUGCAACGCGGAAUACUCCCACGGCUGCCAGACAGUGUUUAGAGCUCGAGCCACCACCUAUGCUACACUAAGCUUCCUGUUGCUCGUCACGGCUUGGGAGGUGAAGCACUUUACUCGUUCGCUGUUCAAUAUGCACCCGGAGUUAUACUGCGGCCCAGCCUCCAUGUUCAAGACUAUCUACAGAAACAAGUUCCUCUUUGGCGCCGUCGUUGCAGGCUUCCUGAUUACGUUCCCUGUUGUCUACCUCCCAGUAGUCGACAAGAUUGUGUUCAAGCAUCAGGGCAUAACCUGGGAAUGGGGUAUCGUGAUGGCUUGUGUUGUUGUCUACAUCGCCCUGAUUGAGAUUUGGAAAGCAGGGAAAAGACGCUUAGGGAUUGGUGCUGUUAUUAGGGCAGACAUCUUGGAAUAG